GGAGCGGGGUUCUUUGUGGCGACAUCGGCUUUAUCUUAAAGAUCAGAUAAGAUGGAAAUCAGAUAAGAUGUGAUCGGCACUAAAGAUCUUCAUAAUGCAGUCAGGUUUUUUCUCUUGAUUGACGCUUUCCCCUCUGGUUUAUUCUUCCGACAUCUCCUCGUUCUGUGUUGCAAAAGCCCGAGAUGGCGAUUAUUGAUCAUCUUCUGGCGCACUGGAAGACCUUUGUCCUGGCGGCCAUCCCGCUCAUUGGACUAUAUCUCUUCCAGGCGUUCAGGUCUAAUGAUAUCAACUUCGACCAGUACGCUGACUUCCCUCAACCCGAACAGCCGGACAAGAGCAGAGGACACUGGCCAUGGAUUGAGAAAUCAGCUUCCGCGGGCGACCCCCGGAGAUCUUUUGACAUCAUCUUGUACGAACAAGCCCAGAAGCUUGGGUUUCCGCCGGUCCUGUUGGUCGACUGGCGGCCGAUGGAAUCGUUUGUAAUUUUAUUCAUUCUCAACAACAGCGUCGCCGAGCAGGUCACCAAACCGUCGAAGCAGUACAGUACUAGUGUCCCCAAGCAUCCGGCUAUGCAGGAUUUGGCUCCAUUGGUCGGCUCCCGGUCUCUCGUUACUUUGGAUGGCGAAGAGUGGAAAGGCCUCCGGAAGAGAAUUCUUCCUGGUUUCCAACCACAACACCUCCUGAGUCUCGUCAAAGUUAUCAUGGACAAGUCUCAGCUCUUUAUAGAGCACCUCGAGGCGAAGGCGGCAGCUGGAGAGGAGUUCCGUGUUGAUGAGCUGACCACGAACUUGGCAUUCGAUGUGAUUGGUAUCGUCACCUUUAAUAUGGACCUCAACGCCCAGGUUCCUGGGAAGCAGAGCCCUGUCUUGUUAACGUACCGGGCGCUUCAACAAGCCUACGUCAAAAGGGAUGUGGCGAAGCACUGGUUGCGUCGAUACUACACAGAAAAUGAGAGACGGAUCAGAGCCCUUGACAAAAAGCUUGACAAUAUUCUCAAGGACACCAUUCGGAAGGAGCAUGCCAAACUGAUGAAAGACGACGCCACCGCAUCUCGCAGCGUAGCAGCGCUCAGUUUACACGGCAUAGACAAACUCACCCCCGAUAUCCUCCAGCAAACCAGCGAUACUUGUCGAGGUUUCCUGUUCGCUGGCCACGAUACAACCAGUCUCUUGAUGCAAUGGACCUUUUACGAGCUUGGCAGACGCCCCAGCUCAAUGAAGGCCCUGAAGGAUGAACUCGACGACGUCUUCGGUCCCGACCCCGAUCCAUCCUCUGUGAUGGCCCAACUUUCGGGUCCCCGCAACGGAGAACUUAUGGGUCGUUUGACAUACACGGAUGCAAUCAUCAAGGAGACUCUGCGACUCCACCCCCCUGGUGGCACAGCCAGGCUGGCACCCGCGGGAUCCGGAACCACUCUCGUUCUGCCUGACGGAAAGCGGUUAGUAGUAGACGGUCUUGUCUUAUCUCCAAUGGCCUACGUCAUUCAACGAGACCCCAAGAUCUUCGGCGAAACCAGGGAUGACUUUGUCCCGGAGCGAUGGCUCGGCCCCGAGGCUGCCAGUAUACCCGAGAGUGCCUGGAGGCCAUAUGAACGGGGCCCGAGGCGCUGUACUGGGUCCGAGCUAGCCAACAUGGAGGUGCGAGUCGUCUUGGCUUGUAUUGCGAGACGAUUUGACUUCAUCAAGGUUGGCUUGGGCGAGUUGGACGCGGACGAGGAGGGGAAGCCCAUCUUGGAUGAAAAGGGCUAUUACAAGACAAAGUCUACGAUCUUUACUACUGACCAGGUUACCGCCAAACCGGUUGACGGCAUGACAAUGAAGGUGAGAAUUAGCGACAAGACAAAGAGUCUUGAGUGAGGCUAGGAAAGGAGGACCAAGCACAUAUUCAGGAUCAUUGGCACCGAGAGAUACCAUGGGAGAAGGCGUUUCAGGAUAUCGAGGUGUUCAAUGCAGGAGGACACGACGAAAAAACUAACUAGUAAGGCAACAAGCUUGUAAAUAAGAAAUCAAGGCAACAAACGAACAUACAUAAUAUGCGCACUUUGCAAUGAGAUUCGCUCAAUAAAACUGAACAAAUCUGCAGC